AUGAAGAUCUCCUGCUUUCUGCUGCUGAUCCUCUCUCUAUCCUGCUUCCAAAACAACCCAGUUGCUCGCCUUGACACAAACAUAUGCAUUGAGAACAAAGACACCUGUCACAUGACCAGAUGCCCAUGCUCUCAUGUGGUAGUUGGCACCUGUUUUGAAGGAAAAGGAAAGUGUUGCCACAAACACUGUUGA